AUGCAUUGGUACGGAGGCAGUAUCGCGGAAGCGGUGACACUAUCAAAACAGAGAAAUGCGAUUUUCGUGGUCUUCGUUGAAGGUGAAAACGACAUGUCAGUCGAGAUGGCAGCCACUAUAGAUGACACCGACGUGCUGAGCCGCCUCUCCAACCAGUCCAAUUUUCUAGCCAUCAAGCUGAAGAGCGGCUCGCCUAACUAUAACUACUUCGCUCAGAUUUAUCAAUUCGUGCCUGUUCCGUCCUUGUUCUUCAUUGGUCGGAAUGGUAUGCCUCUUGAGGUGGUAUGCGCAGGAGUGCAGGCGAGCAACUUGGCUGUGCGGAUAGAUAGGAUUCUUGAGCAGCAUUACAAAGACAAGCAGCCCUCUCCCACCAGCGCUCAAUCAGCCAUUGAACAAGUCCAGCCAUCCACGUCAUCCACCAACAUCCACGGCUCCAGUAACCUGAAGGAGCAGACUGGCAGCUUCGUUCAGACUGAGACUGCCGCCAUGGUGACGCAAGCUGCUGAGGCUGCCCAGCAAGUACACGACGAUGAAGCAACAGGUUCACCCCCACCGAAAAUCCAGAAGACCGCCCAGGAGUCGAAGGCACUGACUCCAGAUGACAUGGAAUGCGAUGGUGACGUGUGUGUGAGGCGAGCGUCCAAGGCGGACGAGGCGGGACCCAGUCAGGCACCCACUCCUAGUCUGCCUAGCACGCCUGCUUCGUCACAGGCGCCAGACUUGUCGACCACAGAAAGUGGAGGCAGCAUCGAGGAGAAGAUGGAGCGGGCCAAGGAGCUGAUAGAGGCCAGGAGGAGGGAGAAAGCUGAUAAAGAAAAGGAGUUGGAGAAAGAGAAAGAGAUGGAACGGCGUGCUCAGGGUAAAGGUGUCGCAGAGUUGAAGCGGUGGCAGGCUGACCAGGAACUUAAACAGAUACAGGAGGAGCGUCGUCGUGAGAAGAUGGAGAACAACUUGGCCCGGCAGCGGAUACUGGAGCAGAUCGCGCAGGACCGGCGCGAGCGGCGCGCGCGGGACGGCCCGCCGCCCGCACCGCCCGCACCGCCCGCCGCGCCCACUGCACCGCCCGCGCAGCCCACUGCCACGUCAGGCGACGUGGGUACGGGCGCGCGCAUCCAGUUCAAGUUGCCGGACGGCACGUCCCACACGGCGCACUUCCACGCCGACGGGACCCUCGCCGACGUACAGAGAUAUGUCGCCGAUAAUCUACAGUUAUCGACGUCAUCAUUCGCGCUGUGGACGGCGUUCCCCCGGCGCGAGCUGACGGACUCGGCGGCCAGCCUGCGCGGCCUGCAGCUGGCGCCGUCGGCCGCGCUGCUCGUAUUGCCGCGCCGCCCCGCGCCCGCCGUCGCCAGGCCCUCUAGUGUCGCUACUAUUAUCACAUUCUUCUCACAGCUAUUCACGACUAUGAUCCUAGAACCAUCACAGACUCUCCUAGUUUGGUUGCGCACGCGCCUGUUCCCCCCUCCGGCCACGUCCCCCCGAACCCCGCGGGCUCCCUCCCCUGGCCCCCCGGCCGCCUCAGGCGGGGUCCGGCGACGAGGCAACAUACAUCGUCUACCCAGCGACCGCGCCCCUGAUGACGAUAAUAAUACUUGGAACGGUAACUCCACACAACAAAUGUAA